GCUUGCUCUUCCACAGACCUCUGGAAUAAAGUCUGAAUGUUUACAGUUUAAAGGGUUAUUCGGUUGGGAUGCUCUUGGCACAUAAAGUAAGGGUAAAUAGUUUGAGGUUUCAGUAGAGCUAGGCAGAAUGUGUUUUUUAAAUAAAUAAAAACAUUUUAAAAAAUGAGAAACCAAAAUAAUCCUUGAGGGCAAGUAACUUGUCUCUUUAAGCUUGCUAAUACUUAAUUGGUCCAGUAUAGUUUGUGUUCUUAGUCUUUUUAGCCUUGAAGAUGGGGGAGGGAAGAGAAGAAAUCUGAUAGUUGGGACACCUAAUUUUAUCUAUCUGUCCACCUACCUACGUACACAUGUAUGUAUAUAUGCACAUAUUCAAACAGUCCUCACAACAACUCUGCAAGGGAACCAGCUCCGUUUUAUAGAGGAACUGAGGUGUAGAGAGGUUGAAAAACCUGUAGGGUCACACAGUAAGCUCAAAGUCAGGGCUGUUUCACUCCAAAGCUUUCCAUCAUCGUGAUGUUGGUAUCGGACACAUCCCAGAACCUAGAGAAGAGACGUUUUCUUUGAUAGUUUUUGUUCCCUGUUACAUACCCAGUGAUUCACCAUUAGUUUGCAGCUGAUCCUAAAUGCUCCCAGAGCUCUCUGGGAAGCUGGGAGAAAAUAUCCCAGUGUCUUUUGGGAGCUAGUUAGAACCCCCCCCCCUCCCGCCCCACCCUUUGAAACAGGCUUGACAAUUUUGACAACGACAGGCUACAGGUCAAAUCUCCCGAAUUCCCAUCUUCUGCCAAGACACCCCCACUGCCAUCACUAGAUUUAUAUUUCCAUUUCUCAGUGACCCAAAUGCAUUCUUAAUUUUUCUGACAACUAGGACUUACUAAUGGAUACAUAUCCUUACCAAGGUUUACUGUCACCUCUGUUUAUAUUAUAGUGGUGGAGCACAGGGGGUAAUGGGAAAAUCAAGUUUGAUUCCUAGGUUUUUGGCUUGAGCAAGAGUGGGUAGAGGUAGACUAAAGAUGGAGAGUGCUGAGAGUGGAGCAGGGAGAGUAUUUCGGGCAAAAGAGAGCAUGUCAGAAGGCCUGCAGAGGAAAGAGUAUGGCAUUUUCAAGGCAGUAAUAAAUGAGCUCUUUGGAGAAUGCCUCACCUUAGGAAACAGUACAUGGGUAACUGAGGAUUUGAGAACGAAGUUCAAAGGAAGCCUGUAGGGUGUUAUCUCAGAAACAAUGGAAUUUCUCACGUCCAAAUAGGUAACCUCGUAUGUCCUUUCAUUCAUUCAGUAAUACAGUUGGCAGGCAAUAUGAUAUUUAGUGGUAGCCGGUGGAUACAGUUAACCUAAUCAGAUGCAUUAAACAAUCCACUGAGUAAAGAAGACAGAUGAGUCAAAGCAAUGACUUUGGAAUGAGACAUAACGUUUGAACUUUACUAGCUAUAUGACUUUGGACAUUUUACUUAGCCUUUCUAGUUUUCUUGUGUGUACAGUAUGGUUGUUAAUAGCAUGAAAAUUAAAUGAGAUAAUGUAAAAGCUACUGGUCAUAUACUAAAUGCCCAGAAGUUUUUAAUGUAAAUACUAAUAUAAAAAACGCUACAAUAGAGGAGAGAUACUUAGCAUAAAAUCUAAAAAAGAGGAAAUCAACGAGCAAGCGUUUACCAGUGCAGGACUAGCAUUGUCCAGGGAGGGACACACUGAGCUUGGAGAACUUAAAAUACGACUAGAGAAAUCACUAGGCAUUUGUGGUCUGUGUGGUAGGAACUGCCUCCUGACGGGCACUUCCUGCUGGAGUCGGCAAACUGACACGCCUCUAACAUUCGUUAUGCGGCAUCAAGUCUUAACACUCCCUUCAAAAUACGAGUGCAUGAAGGAACCAAUGUUAAAUCCAAGACUUAAGAAUGGUUUCAAAUAGAUGGUGCUCUGUACAAAUCAACAAGAAAAUAUUGAUUUUGGAAUUAUUUUGCUGCGUCAUCCCACUCUCUUUAAGAAAAUGGUUACCCUUUUAUAUUUGUAUUUCAUCCAUGUUAAUAAAUUUACAACUUGGACGUAAUUACGAGCGUCUUUCCCGCAGUUGCUUACGUCCCGCAGACAGCAUUUCCCCGUGUUCCUCCACUGUCUCUCCCGAGUGUGGUUAGCCGCCAGGCUCUGGUUUGAACGCGCCAGGGUUGAAAUCCUGCCUCUAGUUUGCUCGCUAGCUGUGCAGCUUCUGGCAUGUACGAUAGUAAAAAAGUAUCAACUUUGUGGGAUUGUUGUGAGGGUUAAUGAGAUAAUGUUCGGUUUCAGUGCCCCAUAACUGGUAGCUGUUAUGUUUGAGUUUAGCAGGAAAAUCCUCUUUAUCCUUAUCCCUUUUUCCUGCUUCAGCGUAUCAGAUACGCCUCUGCAAACCUGUACUCCAGGUGCAGUAGGUGUUUGGAUCUUGAUCCUAUCUCUACGGCUUUUCUUCCCCUUUCAGCCCUUUGGUACCAGUACGUUCCUCCUCUUUGUUUAUAUGCUCCAGGCAUAACUGGGAAGCUGAGUUGAAGCGACAAAGGGAGAGGAGGACAGGCUGGACAGAGGGCAUAGAUAACAGGUUUUGGCCCAGCAGGGUCAGCGUGGCCUGUGAUCUCGAAGAAGGUAUGUGGAGAUGGGUGGAGCAGAGCGGAGGAGGCAAAUGGGGUGAACACGGGACACGGGAUGAGAAAGAAGAGACAACCAAUUUAGAUCGUAAGUCCACUUGGGCGAUGAAGGGCAAAUAAUCUUUUCCGUCCUCCUUCAAUCCCUCCUUGGGAAGGAGGACAAACGCCCAAGGAGGCCCCCCACCCCACUCCGCUCUGGACCCAGCUCCCCAGCGGCCCCUAGGGAACCCGCGAUCGAGAUUAGACCUCCGAGCUGCCUAGACGGGCCCCGGAAGUGCGCGCCGAGGAGCAGGCGAUUCUAGUCCUCCUGGAGGCCGAGGUCGCCGACGCCGCCGGAACGCGCGGCCGGGUGAGCGAUGACUGCCCGUCCCUUGGGUCGGGUUCUGAAGACCUUUUAGAGAAGAUCCUGGCCUUGGUGCGGCACCGGGGACUGGACCCGGCCCAUGGAGAAGCUGCCUGAACAGACGUCCCCGGAGUCCCCGUGUCCGUCCCUCGAGCAGGAGCCUCGAAAGAGCAAGGAUGGUGAGACCUGGACUGAGGAUCAAUUAAUUAUAAAGCAGAAAACUCUUGAAGUAGGGACACAGCCACACGAAGGAGAUGAAUGUGAACGAAACAAACAUGCAGGACCCUAUGGGUAUGGACAGAACUUUGGUCAUAUCUCAGACUUUAUCCAACAGACACACAUUCUUAUGGAAGAGAAAUCUCAAAUGUGCAACGUUUGUGGCAAGCUAUUCAGACGGAAUACAUACCGUAUUCAGCAUGAAAAAAUCCACACGCAAGAGAAGCCUUAUGAGUGUCAUGAAUGUGGAAAAGCCUUUGGCCAUAGUUCAAAUCUCAUUCAGCAUCAAAGAAUUCACACCGAGGAGAAACCCUAUGAAUGCGGUGAGUGUGGGAAGGCCUUCCGGCGCAGCUCACACCUCAUCCAGCAUCAGAUCAUCCACACGGGGGAGAUGCCUUACAUGUGUAAUGAGUGCGGAAGAGCUUUCGGUCGGAGCUCAAGUCUCCUUCGACAUCAGAGAAUCCACACUAGGGAGAAGCCCUAUGAAUGUACCGAAUGUGGGAAGACUUUCAGUCAGAGCUCAAAUCUAACAGAACAUCAGCGAGUUCACACCAGAGAGAGACCAUAUGAACGCAGCGACUGUGGGAAAGCUUACAGUCGUAAUUCACACCUCAUCGAACAUCAGAGAGUCCAUACAGGGGAGACUCCUUAUGACUGUAAUGAGUGUGGGAAAUCUUUCAGUAGGAGUUCACUGCUUAUCAAACAUCAUAGAAUUCACACUGGAGAAAGACCCUAUGAGUGUAGUGAAUGUGGGAAGGCCUUUAGUCGGAACUCCCACCUUAUUCAGCACCAGAAGACUCACAGUGGGGUAAAACCUUCUGAAUGUAAAGAAUGUGGGAAAACCUUCAAGUACAGUUCAUACCUUAUUGAUCACCUGGGAAUCCAUUCACGAGAGAAACUGUGAAUGAAGUGAAGGUGGUAAAGCCUUUGGUUGGAGUUCAGCUCUUAGCGAACAUCAGAGAACUCACGCUGGGGAGAAAAACUUUGGCUGUAGUGAGUGCAGACGGCCUUCAGUCCUAGCUCAACUCUUACUAAGGCCUGAAAAUCCACAUAGUGGACAGAUCUCAUGGAUGUGUUCAGUGCAUGAAUACCUUUAGACAGAGUUCCCGUCUUACUCAGCAUUAGCCAGUUUCCUUUGGGGGAAUGAUGGAUAUGGGGAGAGCCUUGCUAUGAGUCGGAGAGGGGCACGAAAGGGGCGUCAUGUGACACUACAGAAGGAAUGACUAAAGUGGAAGCUUAAGUCAGCACUACUUUUUAUUUGAUUUUGAGGAUCUACAUCAGAGGGAGAUUCUAUGUUUUUUUUUCACAUCUCCAUAAUCUUCUGCCAAAAAUGGAAUGAGUUAGGUCCAUUCCAGGGAAGAAAGAAUCAGGGCAUUCUGGAUUCAGACUCAUAGAUCAGGAAAGCUGCAAUGUGACCUUUGAAUUCAAUAGCUUUCCUUGUAUCUCAUCUGUCCUGUUGGGUGUAACUAUACAUGGAAGUGGCUCUUGGGUCUUCUUGGACCAGCAUUUUCGCUCCUCAGUGUCCUGCAGACUACUGAAUCUCUUUUUGUUUUAUAUUUCAUAGAUGCUUUUUAAUAAGUGGGCAAAUUUUCUAAGCCCAAUAAUUUCUCAGUAUAACAUGUCAUGGGCUUUGUUGUGUGUCAACUCUGGUAGGCUGAACUGCAUUUGUCAGACUUCCCUUUCUUGUAUUUUUCGGUUUGUGUGGUCUACAAGGGAGAUUCUUGGGAGAGUUGGAGGGCAGAACAGAAGCAGCAGUAAUUUUGUAGCUCACACAUGUCACUGAUCUGCUGACUCACCUCACUGGAGCUGGACAUGAAACUAGUCUACCUUCCCCAGGAUUCUUUUUUGCCUUUACUGGGCCGUGGUUUUCCUUCUCUGAUUGAAUCUAGUCAUACACAUGCUUACUAUCCUAUGAGAAGUACACAUUUAUCUCAAGUUUAGGUAGAGAGAAAUGGUUAGCUUCUGGCUGUUUUUAAAAAAGAACCUCAAUAAUAAGCUUCAAGAUUUCCUAUCAGGAAAGCUACUGUUCAGACUCCUUUAUAACAAAACUUCCAUCAUAACUUGAGGCAGAACUUCACUACCGUGUAGUUAUCGACGGAAAAGUUUGCAAAGUAGUUGAAUAGUGUGAUACAUGAUUGGUAAAAUUUUAAAAAAUCAAAAAUUUGAGCACAAAUUUAUCAUGAAUAUUUUAAUCAUUAAAGGAGAUUCCCAAAGUACCUCUAGUAGGCAGUAUAUUUUAGACUUAUUCUAGGCAUCUGAGAGAAAUAUCUACUUUUGUUGUAAACGCUGAUGUUUUGAUUACAAAAAAUCAGAUUAUUUUUCCUCCUGUUAGUCUGGAUUAGUGAUUAUCUAAAAUAUCGGUGAAAACUAUACUUAAUGUUGUAGACUCUUGAAAUUGAAUGUUGCCUCUGUCUUGUAUACCUUUCCCUGCCUGGUCUGGUGCUAUGCACACAGGUGUUCAGUGGCUGUGGAGUGAAUCUGUUUACUGGAAGCCAAAGUCUUCCUGUUUGUCUCCACGCUUCUCUGCACUCCCCCACCUUCCUCCCCUGUUCCUGUAGGUGAUUAUCACACUACACAAGGGUCACCUUGACAUCUGGACACCGAGUAGACUCUGUGAGGCCAGGUCUGAGCCCUCAGUCAGUGGGCCCACUUACUCCAUCUGGCAUGUGACCCUCUUUGAGUCCCUCCCACCCCCUUAUACCACAGAAAGGGCCCUUUCUUUCUGUGGGGUCUGAGAAGCUUCUGGAAUAAGGCAGGGCUUGAUGAGUGGGGUCUGAAGGCCAGGUCGGAUUCUGACUGGCAGAGAAGGGCACCCCAGGACAAGGUAAGUGUGUGGGGUCACGUGCCAGGCCUCAAGAGCGGAGGUGUCCCUGGAGGCCAGGAGAGGGGAGAAAAGAGUUUGCCUAGCAGUAUCAAAAGCACUCAAGCGGGGCUCUGGUUCUUUAGGCACAAAUAUUACUAGUGGACAGAGUAGUUCAUCAAGCCGUUAGAGCUCAGGUGAACACGAGGGUGACCAGCUCAUCCCAGUUUGCCAGGACGUUCCCAGCCUUAACAUCGAACGUCCCACAUCCAGUAAAACGCUCAGUCCUCCACAAACCAGGAGGGUGGAUCACCCGAACCUAUCGUGACCUCAUUCCCCCGCCCCUCAUGGCUCCUAGCUGCAGCAGGACCCAGUAGAGCAGAGAUUCUCAGCUUGGGUUGCCUACUGGAAUCACCUGGGGAGCUUUCAAAGCACUGCAGCCUCAGUCUCUGAGGUUGUGUACAUUUGGUAUGGGGUAUGGCCUGGACUUUGGGGUUUUGUAAGCUCCCAAGUAAUUCUAAUGUGCAACCAAGGUUGAGAAUCUAUACAGUAGAGGUUACCAAUGCUUCACAGGUGCUAAGAGGACACAAAGAGACCACACAGGAUCUGGUGGCUUAGUCACUGAGGGGCUGGCAAGAGGGCUGGGCUGGGAGUACGGAGAGACUCCAGGGCCUGUGUGAGAGGAGACAGACAGGGUGUCCCAGGCCGGGUGGAAGGAGCGAUGGGAGGGACUGUUGUGCUGGGGGUGGAGCCAGCUAUUGGGUGGGCGCCCUCAGGGCCUGCUCAUUGCCGGGUUCUGGUUCUGUCCUGUGCAGUAAAGCUAUGGUUUGGGUAACUUUGGGUUUUCCCUUUGGAGCUCAGGACCAAGGAAGCACAGAGCCUGGGGGAGUCAGAACUCUAAAGACUCCAGCCCCAGCUCAUGGGCUCUCUACCUACUUUUCCAGCAGACAGUUCCCUGUUCCCUUGCCUCUCCCCCUACCCUAGACCCGGGAAAACAUGAAAAUGCUUCCAGAGGAGACUAUAACCUAAACUUAUACACACUUUCUAAAUCGUUCAGUCCUGGGAGGGGCUGGCCUGGCAGUCCCAAGCCAUACGUUGAACACAGCCUUGGGCCCCCGGGGUGAGAGGCAUUUCCUAUGCUCUGGUUGAAGGGGUAGGAGUCUUUGGGCAAUAAGGAUCUUGACUUAAAAAAAAAAAAAAGCACAACGUGAGAGCUGCGAGUUAAGUUUUAUUUGGGGCAAAAUAAGGACUGCAGCCCCGGGGGAACAGCGUUUCAGAUAACUCUGAGAAACUGCUCCGAGGAGGCGAGGGGGAGCCAGGAUAUAUAGGAGUUUGGCAACAAAGGACCGGUUGUUGGGACAUCAAAAGAUUAUUGUUAAAGAAAACCAGAUAUCUCAAGGAAUUUAGCUUUUCUAUGUACGGGAGGAUGCAAGAGUCUUGGCUCACUGAAAUCAUUCAUUUGCUGUGCACCUCAGUUAUCUGGGGCCAGUAGUCUGACAUCCUGAGUUUCCUCAGGGUUCAUCACAGGGAGAGGCUGCAGUCUGAUGGCUGCUAGAUGGCAGGUGUUCUUUUCAGCCCUGAGUUUCCUCAGCUCACGUUGGAGGGCUGCAAUCGUUGACGACUGUGACAUCCUUUGUUUAUUGAUCUGGCAGGAAACAGUCCAUUUCUCAGGGAGAUAGGAGGAGGAGGAAGAUGAAUUUUGGCAGUGGCACCCACAUGGGACUGCUUUAGUCCCACCAGAGGCCCGUCAUGGACCUCAGGAUGAAAUCAAGACCCUUCAAAUCCCAGCUCUGCCCGCUGACUUCUCCAGCCCUCUGUGGCCUCCCCUUCUCCCAGUCAUUCUGAAAUUCACUGGGUCCUUGAACACAGUAUUUUUCAAAUGUAGGUCAAGAGCCACUUGACUCUCAAGAGGGGGUCUUAAAAUUAAUUUAUUGUAAUGAGUUAAGAGCAGCAAAGGGUAAAAGGAAAAAGUAGGCAGAACUAGAAUGGAGUAGAAAACAUCCAUCACAAAGGUAAGUCAGACUUCUGUUUGUGCACAAGGGAGCAUGUGUGCAGAGUAUAAUGUACAGUAUUUCUUGCUGUAGAGCAGGUAAAAGUCUUCGCACAUUGCAAUCCUUUUUUGGGAGUAAGAUUCUGUCUAGAAGGGCUUUCUUGGCAGGUCUUCCUUUGGACUGAAUUGUUUGCCCUCUGCAAUUGCCGUAGCAUGCUAUGCUUUUUGUGCACCAAGCACACUUUAAAAAAAUGAUUUAUUCAGUUGCCUGUCUUCUGCGCUUGCUGCAAGCUCGAUGAGGGCAGGGACCAUAUUCACCUAUCCUGGCCUCUGUCAUUAGAGAAAGCACUUGUGUUGAGUGGCUGAGUGAUAAACCCGGGUUCAGCUUCCAGCUGUUUGUGUUCUUAGACAAGGUCUCUUUUUAUUUUUUCUGAUUUUUUUGGUCUGAUUUAUAUACAGAAAACUUGAAAGAAUAGAAUAAUGAACACCCUAUAUAUCCUCCACUUAGAUGGACAGUAUUAACAUUUUUCCAUAUUUGCUUUCUAUCUAUAUGCUUUUUUUCUGAAUCAUUUGAAAGUAAGCUCAGAUAUAACCUUCACCCUAAAUACUAUGGCAUGUGUCUCCUAAGAGUAAGGUCAUUCUCCUACAUAAUCGCAACACUAUUAACAUACCUAAGAAAAAGAAUUUAAUUCCAUAAUACCAUCUAAAAUGGACUCUCUAUUUAGAUUUUCCCUAGUUGCCCCAAGAAUGUGUUUUAUAGUUAGAUUAUUUCAAAUCAGAAAAAAAAAUCAAGGGUCACAUUACAUUUGGCUUUAUAUCUCUUUAGUUUCUUUUAAUCUAGAAUAGUUCCACUUUUUUUUUUUUAAAUGACAGUUACUUUUGGAGGAGUCAAGAAGAGUUAUCCUUUAUAAUUUUCUACAAAAUUGAUUUCCUUGUUUUCCUCCGGUGGUAUUUAGCUUCCUUCUCGCCCCGCUGUAUUUUCUCUUAACUGAAAAGAGGUUUAGAGGCCUGAUGACACAUUUUUGGCAAGAAUACCUCACAGGUGAUGUCUCCUUCAUACUGUUAUCACCUCAAGAGGCACAUGAUGUCAGAUUAUUCCACCCCAAGUAGCGCUGUCUGUUCACUUGUUUAAGGUAGUGACUGCUAGAUUUCUCCUAUGUAAAGAUAUGUUUUCCUUUUGCAAUUAGUAAUUUGUGAGGAUGAUAAACUCCAGCACCACGUGAAGAAUCUGUUCCUCUACAGCCUGAUGGUUUUCGUAGUCAUCCAUGACCCUUUAGCAACCAUCCACGUGAUAGUUUGGGCAUGUUCUUAACCUGAGACUCAGUUUUUUCAUCUGCAGCCUGGGCAUAAUAAAGCCCAUGAUUUGGAUUUGCUAUGUAAAAAAGUAUGACAUAGAGUGCAUAUGACGAUGAUGUCACGGUCUGCCAUAACUUCUCCCUUCUUCUGAGAACACCAUUUAGAAAGGUGUUCACUUCCUUUUAGAAAGUUUCUACGCUGCUCCAGGUAAGUGGUCCAAAUCGCCGGCUUCUUAGAUGAUCCUACCUGCCCGGCCUCUGUGGGGCACAGCUGAGUCAUCUUCUUUGGCCAGAGUGGAAUGAGCUUUUGACCAGAACUGAGCCAAUCAGAAUGCUUCCCUGGGAAAUUUCCAACCAAGUAGGGGUGGGAAUAGGGUGAAGAAAAUAUUCUUUUUCCCUCAGGUGGCUAAAUGUGGGGAUGUGAGUCUGGAAGUUGACUGUAUCCCCUGCCGCCUGGAGGAUGAUAGCCUAUGGGGUGGAGGGGAUCAAAGCCAUCUCUCUGAGAUCAGGGCAGAGGGGGUCUCCCUGGCCUGGCUCCAGGCCUCCCCAGCUGUUCUCUGCCCUGCCCCAGCUAAGCCAAUAAAGACCCCUGUCUUGCCUGAGCGCUUACAAAUCGGGGUCUGAACCUUAGGACAGAUAGAAUCCUGACUAGUAAAAGGGCCUUUCCUAUGCCUCUCACAUGAUAGGUGAUUCAAUAAAUUAGUGGUUCAUCAGCUCUCAUCCCUUCCUGUUGUCUUUGAAUAUGUGCUGGACCUAGUGGAGAGGUGUGAGGAGGUGGCAAACAUGGUCCUGGCUUUUUAAAAUCUUAGGAGUUACAAAUGCGUUUCCUUGGUGGGCGUAGACUCAAAGCAAGGGGGGGCUGGUGACUUAUCCGGCUCCAAGUGUCGCUCUGAGUGGCCGCUCUUGCCACUCGGACCAGCCCCCCAGCCCCACCCCCAGGGCCAGGAGCCAGAGUGCCUCUCUCGGAAGAGCCUAAGUUUAAAAGUUUAAAACCAGCCCACGUGGUGAGAGGUGCAGUCAGCCUUAAGACGCGAGGGCAGAGAAGAGCGGAGGAAUGUGAGGGCCGGGGGCGUGGGGGGGGGGCUGAAGGCGAUCAGAACGCAU